CUGCUUGGCUGAAUGCACGGGCGCAGUUGCGCGUCUCUCGCUCGCUCGCUCUCUCUCUCUGCAUUUUCUCCUCGUUGCAUUCAGCACGGAGCGGCCAGACCGGGGCACAUGGAUUUCUAAAAGGGAGACGCAGGGCAGGCGGGACCCGCUUGGAAUCGCGAGCCUCUCGGAUCGUGCGAAAGAGCGAGCCGAAGAAAGGCGAUGAACUCUGCAACUCAGCCCUGACUUGGAACCGCUCUCCAAUGCCCUCGCAUUGGCAGAUUCGUGCAGAGAGAUGGGAAAACUUCACUCGAAACAUGCUGCUGUUUGUAAACCCCGAGAGAGCCCGGAAGGUGAUAGUUUUGCAGUGAAUACUUCACUGGCUCGGAAAGGGCUGGAGGACUGGAUGGUGAACCAGAAACACUUCGGCAGUGGAAGCAGUAGCGAAGGGAGCAGCUUGGGACUCCAGCGGGGCUUACAGCAUCGGGCCCUCUGCAGGCUGUCCGGCUCCAGGGAUCCAGCUGGUGAAGGUUACAGAGAGGCAAUUGAAAACGAACACUUUCAUCUGGAAGUGGCUUUGCCUCCAGAGAAGACAGAUGGAGUUUGCAGUGGUGAUGAAAAGAAAAUGGAAAAGGAGGCUAACACACGAACAAAUGCCAAGAAGCAGCUAAAAUUUGAGGAAUUGCAGUGUGACGUGUCCGUUGAGGAAGACAACCGGCAAGAGUGGACCUUCACCCUUUACGACUUCGACAACAACGGAAGAGUCACGCGUGAGGACAUUACCAGCUUGCUUCACACCAUCUAUGAAGUAGUUGAUGCCUCAGUAAAUCACUCCCCCAGUUCCAGCAAAACGUUGCGGGUGAAGCUCACUGUGGCGCCGGAUGGGAGUCAAAAGAAGAAAGGCAUUCUGCUGAAUCACGCCGACCUACAAAGCUCAAAGCACCGAGCGGAGAGCAAAGCCAACGAAGAACAGAGGAAUUGCGAAAAGAAGCAGAGGGGUUCCAUCAGGAACCACCAUGCUGAGGCCAGGCCCGAACAAAACGGAUGCUACCGCCAUUGCGUCGAUGAAAAUAUUGAAAGGAGAAACCACUAUUUGGAUCUUGCAGGAAUAGAAAACUAUACAUCAAAAUUUGGGCCAGGGUCUCCUCCAGUGGCUCAGAAACACAACCCACCAGUCCGAGUUGCAAACCAGACAAGAUCCCGUUCCCAUGAACCAGAAAUCUUCCAUGCCACCCAGCGAAGGUCGCCGCCAGCUGAGCAUGGCCACAUCAACUUAAUGGAAGCUUCCUAUGCAAAACUUGCGGAAAUACAACAGCGGCUGCGGAGUCAAGACGCGAACAAGCACUUUAUCAAGUCUCCCAAGGCGCAGAGUAAAAAUGCAGCUUCUGCUAGCACGGGAAGGGUCAUGAGGAGUAAACCCAUUCCAGGGGCGUCUGUACCAUUGGCCUCCCCUACCAUUCGGGUUGGCCAAAACCUUCCUUACCUGCCCAUGCAGUCUCAGCAGACUUUCAAGAAGCACAAGCAGAGGCCGAAAGAGCCUCAUCAAGUGUGCAAAACCUUCCAGGCUCCCGGAACAGUUCUGGAGAAGGAGCAUGUGAGAGAUCUGCCCGCAGUCAUCUUGUACGAAGGCCAAGUGGGGCAGAUGAUUCAGAGACACGAGCACCACCACCAUCACGAGCACCACCACCAUUAUCACCACUUCUACCAGACAUGAAAUGGACCCACCGACUUCAGGGAGAAAACCAUCCUAUAUGAAGGAGGCCCUUUGCUGCCACUGGGAAUGAAAGGCAUUGUUCUUAUUAACAUAAUGUUCUGCUAGCACCUGUCUUAGGAGUUAUAUGAAAACACUAAAAUUAAUGAUGAUGAUGAUGCUAUUAAUAAUAACAACCUAACACUAUUUAUAUUAUGUGGAACUGUAUAACUUACUUUAAUAUCUUGUGGAUUUUAUUAUUAUUUUUUAAAGUUUGGCUUGUACAAACUCUCUCUCUCUCUCACUCUCUCUCACACACAUGCGUGCAAGAGUGAACUGCCACAGCUAUCCCAAGGGGUCUUCACACAAACUCCUCUUUGCAUUCAGUGAACAUGAGGAGGAGACGCUCGUGGGACCGCGUGCUCCACCACCAAGACUCGGUGCUGCCGCCAUGUUGGAUGUCCAUGUGAAGGAAUCGUGGGCCUCCAGGAUGGGCUCCUGCCUUUGAAGAGGGACUGUGUCCAGCCAGGCUGCUUCCCUGAGGGGAGACGCUCGCUGUGCAUCCGUUUGCACACCCAGAAAACUCCUUUUUGCAAACAUCUGACGGAGGGUGGAGCACCGUUUCGGUGCUGGGAGGGACUCGUCCACACGGGCCAUGGAACCCCUCCAUGCACUGAUGCAACGUGGGGUGGUGGCGUUUUGUGAGAAGACCCCUCUCAGUGCGCUUCUAACACACACCCCUUCCCCUGUGGUCCGAGAAGAGAUGCAGCGAUCCGGCUUGUCCCACCCGCUGGUAUUGAGCCCGCCAUCAGGGGAGCAAUGUUUCCAGGUUCUGGACUCCGGGAAUAC